AUGAUUUUGGAUCAUUCUAUUUUUCAAUUGAUUCAGGUUGUAAAUAGAGAUUUAGAACUAUUUACUCAAAGAAUUGCGUUAGGGACAAAUGAGGUAUCAUUAAAUAAUAUCAAUAUUAAUAGAGAUAAUAAUACCGAACAAUACCGUCAAAUUGAAAAUUUACAACAUGUCUUACAACAACUUAAGUCAUUGGUAGAUGGUUUCCAAAGAAAUAUUUCAAAUGAACCAAAUGGUAGUAAUAAUAAUCAAAUUCAAAAAAUUGAUUUUGAUAAUAUUAGAAAAAUUACUAAACAACUCUCUUUGACUACUAAUUUUAAAGAAAAUAUCAACAAUUUCGACCCAAAUAUUGUUACUGGUACAGCAUCACAAAUAGGUGUUGCUGAAGUUGAUCAAUUUAUUAAAUACACUAUAUCACGAUACGUGUUGAUAUUAUGUUAUUAUAGUGUAACAGCUGAAACAUUGGUGAGAUUACCAAAGGCAAUGGAAACUGAAACAUAUUUUAAAUCUAUUGAAAAUUCUUUUAUUAAUAAAGUAUUUUAUUUAUUACAAACUUCUGUCAGUAAAUCUGUGAAAUUAUUUGAAUUAAUUCAAAAAAAGUUAAAUCAUUUCUUUGAAAUAUCUACAACAAAAAAACUUUAUCAAAAUGGUUUCUCUCAUUUGUCCUUUAAACAAAUUCCAGAGUUUACUAAUAAGUUUUGUUCGAAAGAAUUAUUACCAACUUUAUAUAAAAUUAGUAAGGUUCAAAAUUUUGAUUUCGUUGGCAUUCCGAGUUCAAGGACAAAUAUACCAAACCCUGUUAAAUUCAUAUUUGGUUUACCUGGUUAUUUGCUAAACAAUGAGCUUCAAACUAAGACUCAGUUAAUUAUCAACAUGAAUCAAAAUGCAAUGGCUAAAUUUGGUAUAUUAGUUCAAUCUUUCCCAAAAGAAUUUAACAGCAAUAAUUUAAUUAAAUGUUUUGAUAUCUUGGAAACUUUUUUGAAAGAAUUCAACAUUAAAGAUAAAUCAUUUAGAGAUGUUGAAGUAUCACCCUUUGAGGUUAUUGAUUCCACCCAAUAUUUUGUUAAAGAAUCAAAUUAUAUUCAAAUGAUUUCUUCGACAAAGCCUAGUUUCAUUAGCAGAUAUUGGCCCAUUGGGAUGUUUAUUAUACUAAACGGGCCGAGUUCUGUUAAGUUUGCAUGGGAAUCUCGUUUUAAAAUGAUUGAUUUCUUUCAAAAAAAUGUCGUUCAAUUUGUUAAGGGAUUAUUCUAUAAUUGGAUUUGGGUGCCCAUAAAAGAUAUAUGGGCCACUGUCAGACAUGAUGAGGGAAGUGAAAUAGCUAUGAUGUCGAAUGGUACUUUAGAUUCAGAAACUAAUUCAUUAUGUCGAAUGGUUAUUCAAAUAAUGAAGGAUAAUAAUCCUUCGUAUGUUGAGAAUAUAGGUGAAAAUAUUUUGGUUAAUCAGAUCAUGCAUGGUAAUCUCGACGAAUUUAUGAAAAUAUAUGAAAAUGAAUUAAACAGCCCUAUUAAAAAUAUAUUUACUGGUAAAUUGAUAAGAUCUUUACUUGUUCAAGUUCAAAAGACAAAAGUAGAUGGAUCAUUGGCAUUAAAUGGUAUUGAUAAGAUGCUAAAAUCACAACAAUUGGUAUUUGGUAUUAUGGCAUUAUCGCCUGCUAUGUUUGUCAUCUACUUGGCAAUAAAUAAUCUUGUGAAAUUAGUUAAGUUAGGAAAUGUUUUCUCCAAUAUGAAACAUUACAAAGACUCUGUCAGUCAUAGUCUGAACAACAUUGAAAGAUUGUUAAAUUAUCAAGAUUUCGAAAUUGAAGACGAAAAUUUAAAGUAUGUUAAUCAUGCAUUAUUAAUUAUGGAAAUUUCAAAUUUAUCUUCUAAUGGAUCUGUUAUAGUACCAAAGGCGAGAAAAUAUGAUUGGAACAGAGAUAUUGGUGAACUAAUUAACAUCAAAUUUUCCAAUGAUGCUAAAUUAAAUGUUGUUAACAGGAUAUAUCACACCUACUCGAGGUAUUUCUUGAAUUAA